AUGCAUCGGGCGUUGAUCCGAUUACAAAAACUGCAUAAAUGCAAUGUGAGAUGUCUCAGUGAUGCAGCAAAAUCAAAAGAAGUGGCUGGUAUAAGUGAGAAAAGUAAAUUUGCUAUUCGAACUCUCGACAAUACUUCGUCUAUCGAGAAGAGGAGCUUGUCGAGAGGUUUCGCUAUGAAUAAGUUUGAAAAGGACUUCAUGAUCUACCCAGAAUACACAGAUUCAGAUGAUGUGCGUAAUAUUGAAGGGUUUGUGGAUGUGUUGCGGAAAUCACUUGAAUUAUCAGUUGACUCGAAAUUAAUAGAAAAAGAAGGGAAACUAGCUUCAGAUACAAUAGAAGCUCUUCGCUCGAAUGCAAUCUUUUCCUUGGCUAUUGGAAAAUAUUUCGACGGCAUCGGCAUGUGUAAUAAGGAUUUGUCGAAAGUUUUCGAAGAACUCAGUGUAGAUUGGAAUGUAUACACAACUUCACACAUUUCUCUUCUUGUCGCAAACAUUUUGACAAUUUAUGGAUCUGAUGAACAAAAGUCCAAGUAUUUAGGAAUUCUUGGGUCUGGAAAGCUUCGACCAGCGGUUGCAAUUGUAAAAGAUACGAAUGGAGGAGUCUGUGAACAAACAGCUGGACCUGGUGGAAAAUCAAUGUUAAAUGGUCAGAACAUCCGAGUUAUGGGUCAUCACAAUGCCAACUUUUACGUCGUUUUCGGAAAUAACAACGGAGAGAAAACCUGCUUUCUACUCGAUGAAGCUGAACUGGGAACCACCGACAAGAUUCAAUUUACACGUGACGAAACAAUCGGACUGAAAGGAAUUGACGUUGGGCGCAUCGAGCUCACUGCAUUGGUAACAGACAAAAAUCUACUUGGAACACCCGGACACGGUUCCGAAAUUGCAUCGGAGCUGGUCGGUAGUGGUAGAAUGCCAUUCGCAGCCGCCACAAUUGGAAUGGCUCGAAGAGCACUUAGAGAACUAUCGAUUUGGUGUAAUCGAACUCCGAGUAGGCAGAAUGAUCGCACAACUUUAGCGGACGAUUCGAGAUCACAAAGGAUUGUGACUGAAUUGGCACUGAAGGUAUACGCCCUAGAGUCUUCGUUGUACUACUUGUCAGGAUUGAUCGACGAAGGACUAUCAGUUGUCGUGGAUAUUGAGAACUCUUUGCUCUCUAUUAUGACUAGAGAUGUUCUGCAGGCCGUAAUAUCUGCCCAACUGGAACUGGUUGGAGUCGCUGCAAGUGAUGCGUCUUUUCCACACGAGAAGCUCUUCCGUGACGUCACCACAUUACUUUCCAUCAUUGACGAAGGAGCAGAUGUAGAACAAAUAGGUCUCGCCACGAUUGCCACGUGGGCAACAUCUACAUCCCACAAACGUGUUGUGAGCACACUAAAGCGGUGGUUGAAGAACGAGAAAGAAGCAGAUGAGCUUCGAAAUCCAGGACUUUCCCACUAUAUUGCUGAGCACGCACACCCGUCACUUCAGUUGGCUUGUCAAGAACUCGAAUUCUCAAUGUCUCGAAUUAAUAACGUUGUUUCAAAGUUGCUUACGUCACAAGGAAAGAAUAUCGAGCAAGAUUAUGGAAGUUUGGAAGCUCUUGUGAAUGUUUUGAAAAACAAUUUAGUGAUGGUUUCCACUAUUUCUCGAGCAUCUAGAUCUUACUCGAUUGGUCUCAGAAAUGCUGAUAUUGAACUUGCGUGGGCUACAAUUAUAUGUUCAAGACUGUCUCGUGCCACGUGGUUUGAGUUGGACUCCUUGUCCGAUCUCUUCGGUCUCGUUCGAUUUAAUCCCUCACUUUUGAACGCCGGAAGAGCAGUUUUUGAUUUAGGAGGAUAUAUCAUCGAAUCACCACUAGAGAAGAAUUGGUGAUCUCGAUAUAUUUUUAUAAUUUUUCUCUUGCAGUUAGAUUUUUGAUUGUUUACUUAGGUUUAGUUUCUAGGUUUUCAAUUAUGCGGGUAGUUUAUUCUUUGUUCCUGUUAUUAAUUUUUUUUCAAAUGUUUAUUUUAAUAAAAUUUAUAGAUUUU